GACAGCGCCUAGAGAUCCGAACUCAUCAAGUCAGCCAGCGACUCCUCAAGAACACUCGAUUCACCGCCAGGUUUGUCGACAUCGUCUCGGCUUCCUUCACUGCUAUUUGGGAUGAGUCUGGUUGCGACGAUUAUGGCAGUCCGUCGCAGGUCGCCGAAGCGCCGUCUAGCCUCAUGAACUUGCUUGCCUGCAUGCAGCAGCUGACCGCAGCAUCUGAAAGGCAUUGGCUCCUUAUGCGGAAGUACGCCAUCGUUGAGAGCAGCUUCUUGCUCCCGCGCUGGCGCUAUGCUUGGGAAGCAGAUGGGGGAGUUGACGGUGAGAUAGGGGACGAGAUGUACCCAACAUCGCGCGUCUAUGCCUUGCGCCACAUGCUAGAGACACUAUCCUCGCGCGCUGCGGGGAAUCAAUCGCUGGUCAUGGUUGAGCUUGGCGUGAACCAGGCCGCCACCACCGAAGCGCUGCUGAAGCGAAGAACCAACCUGCAGAUGAUCUUGGUUGACGUGAUCAUCCGACCCGAAGCCCUGAAGCGAACCAAGGCAUACGCGCGCCGGGUCACUUGGAUAGGUGAGCCAUCUGCGACUGCCUCCAGCCGGGUCGCUCCAGGGUCGGUCGACCUGGUGUUCAUCGAUGCGGCCCACGACUACGCCUCCGUCCAGGAAGAUAUCCUCCACUGGUCUCCCAAAGUGGCACCUGGGGGUCUCUUAGCUGGCCACGACUACAUCGCAUCAGCACCUGGUGUUGUCAGAGCUGUGAACGAGUUU